AUGACACAACAACGCCUCCAUUUGUCUGAUUCUCUCCAUCGCCUACGCCGCAACAGCUACCCCCGGAGACGUAGGUUUCGUUUUUUUUUUUCCUUUGCAAUGAAGAAGAAGCUGCAAAAGGGGGCACUAUCUACAGAUGACCUCAAAACCCUAAUCCAUGAUCAUGCUCUUUUCUUUGACAAACUAGUUGAAUUAAUCCCUGCAAAAUUCUACCUUCCCGUUGAAGAAGAUUCAAAACCCUGGUUCCAAGGCCUGAGCAAAGGCAAAAAAGCCUCUCUCAAACAACAAACACGAGAAAACAUCAAGAAAUCCCGCCGUGAUCGCCUUGACCCUGAGACAUCACAAACCACAACACUAGACCUCCUCAAAAAAAGCAUCAGCAAGAAUGAAAACAGUAACAAGGAUUCUGAUGAUGAUGAUGAUGAUGAUGAAGAAGAAAUCGAAAUUAAAGUGAAGCCCAUUACAAAUUUCGACGGUGAAACAAGUAACAAGUCUGUUACCUAUGAAGAGCUACGCCAGAGAUUGCAUUCUAAGCUUGAAAUGCUUAAAGCGAAUCGAGGGGAAGGGAAAAGAACAAUGAUGAUGAAUGAACGGAGGGAAAGGGGUGAUUUUACAGACAAGAAACGAAAGAGGGAAGAUCAUGAUAAUGGUGGUAAGGGUAGUGGUAGUGGUGGUGGUGAUAAGGAUAAGGAUAAGUUUGAGGGUGAUUUUGAAUUUGGGAAAGUGAAAUUAGGAGAUGAAGAUGGGAGUAAGAAGAAGAAGGUGAAGAAGGGUUCAAAAGUACAGGAGUUGGAAAAGGCAAAGAAGUUGAAGGAAGCAAAGAAGGAAGAUGUUGUGGUGGCUACAAAGCAUUCAUGGAAGGCUGCAACUGAAAAGGCGAUGGGAGUGAAGGUUCAUGAUGAUCCAAAGCUUUUGAAGAAGAGUUUACAGAAGGAUAAGAAGAGGCGUGAGAAGAGUGCAGGGAAAUGGAAGGAGAGAGUGGAGACACAGGAGAAGUUGAGUAAGGAGAAACAGUCAAAGAGGAGAGGGAAUAUUGAAGAGAGGGCUAACCAGAAGAAAGCUAGGAAGAUUGCCAAGAGGGAGAAGAAGUUGAUGAGGCCUGGAUUUGAAGGGAGAAAAGAAGGAUAUAUUGGUGAUAAAAGGGAUUAAAAGGGUACCAAGUUUAAUCCUUUUUUGAAUGUUUUAUGUUGCUUAUUAUGAUAUGAUUAGGUGAUGUUUUUGUUUCUACUUUGUGUUAGCCUUGAAUUUUAACAAAAUUUUGAUGAUGGAAGUUUUGUUGUUAAUAUCGUGUUGUUUGAACUAUGAAGAAUUUGCAUAUAUACUCUCGUGAAAGAAAUUGCUUUUUUGGUGAGAAGAGGGACUGAAAGGUGCCUAUUUUUAUAAUCCUUCGUUUGGAUGUUUCAUAUAAUUGAUUCAUCUUUCCUCUGCUUGAUGUUUCAUGUUGUUUUUUGUAAUGGGCUAAAUGCAAGAAAUAGCUAUGUAUUUCUAUUUAUUCGUGUAUUAUACAAUCUCUCUGUUCUUAUUUUUUUUUGUUACACCCUUGUACCUCAAUUCUUUUCUUGUUAAG